UAAAAGCAGAGCAUUGUUCUAUGUUUUACGAUCAAUAAUUUGUAAUUAACAAUUAUUAAUGUUGCGUAACAUUUAGUAAAUUAAGUAUUGUUCUCUUAUCUACUAUUUAAUUACAUGUUACGGUACAUAAAUAUAAUUUGGCAGGCCAUAUACUGCGUCGAUAUUUACGGCUUCUUGUCAGAGAUAUUGGAGCACCUGUACACUGCAAUUUGUAUAAACGUUAAACGUUCCUCUACUGUGCCUGAAGCAGACUAAACAUGUGGACUAUUGUUGUCUUGGCAACUGUUAUAUUAACUUCCUCUUCUGCGUUGGAAAAUGUGGUGCCUUACCAGUACCCCUAUUCUUAUCCACAGAACUACAUGAGCAGUGCCACCUACACCGGUUGGAGAGCACCAACAUGGGGAUACCCAAAGAGUUUUCAACAUAGCUUAUUAGACACGUUCUCCAGCCUGUGUCCUGACUGUCUGAAGGCUGACGGAGUAGACGAGGUCACCGGGAUUCCAGAUUUGAAGGAAGCUAUCGAAUGUUUAUUCUUCCGUACCACAAAUCCAACUACGAAUGAAAUGUUGUACAAUGUUAAAAGAGCGACAUACAGAUAUUUUCUAAACGUUUGCAAAGGAAUUGAAUACAUUUUAAACAUUUUGCCUGCAGAUGAUGUACUGAAUAUGUUUUGCUCUGAUAUAAAACAGACAGGGGAGGGAGGAUAUUUGUGA